AUGACGAAAAUUUAUCGCAGGAGACAUAACCAUUCGUAUUCUCAAAUAAUCCGUACAAUAGCGAUAAGAUCUAAUUGUCUAAUACGUUCUAAGACCGGUCCUAUUACGUGUAGGCCCGAGCGUUCGCCCCUCACCCUCGGGCUUCGCUCCGUCCCCCGUCUAAUUGUCGCGCCACCGGACGCGAGGACGCCCGCGGGGACUCCGCCCCGCCUUCCGGGCUCCCGAUUUACAACAUCCCCCGAUAAUCUUUUCUUGAUGACGCAGCGUUGUCGCUCGCAAAAACCUCGGGACGUAAUAGCUGGCCUUUGUCAAAGGGAUCUGAAGCUCAGACAUUGGUUCAUGAUUGAUCCGACUGCCGCAAACUCCGGGAUUACCAUCUAG